CCCGCAGCGCAAAAUGGCUCCAAUCGCUCUGCCGACUCCUCCCCUCCCAGUUGUCCCUUCUAAGUCCCUGAAGGGCGUCAUUGAUACACACACUACCCCGAGUCACCUGGCUCCAACCAAGGACCUACUACCAGCUGAGGAAAGCUCGGUGACUGCAGCAAGGGUGCCCGAGAUACUUUGCACCGCUUUCGGCCUUGCGCUUCGUUGUUAUAGAUCAGAGGGCGUGGCCUUCGAAUACCGCGAUGAGUCGACCGCCGCGACAAAAAUCUCCUUCGACCCUGAUGAGUUCAAGACAAUUGACGAUUGUCUCGGUGCGGUGAGGACGAAAUUGCAAGAGGCACAGUGUGUGCUGGACGCGCCGUCCGAAGAGGACUCCUAUCAGUCCUUCCGCAGCACAGUGGUUUUUCAUCGCGGGGCCAUCAACGCCAACUCAACCCUACCCUCACCAAAGUCUGACCUCGAACUCCAUGCCGCACACUCCCACGAGGGAAUUGAGCUUCAAAUGCGUUACACGCCAUCCACCGUGACCGAGGAAUUUGCGGUGCACUUAGCCGACACACUGCGGCAGACAUUCGGCUUGGUCAACAGCCACCCGCAGACUGAACUCGCAAAUGCAAGCUACCUGGGGCCGAUCAGUCGUGAGAAGGUGUUUGGGUGGAACGCGAAUCCGCCUGCGGCCGUGGUGGAAUGCGCGCAUGAGCUGGUCCGACAGAGAGUCGCCCUGCAGCCGGAUGCACCUGCCAUUGACUCCUGGGAUGUCCAGAUGACGUACGCAGAGCUGGAUACUCUGUCGGAUCAUGUGGCCACUAUUUUGGUAGAGGCGGGAGUCAAGCCGGAGGCGAUCGUGCCUUUGUGCUUCGAGAAGACGGCGUGGUAUGUCGUUGCCAUGCUUGGUGUUUUGAAGGCCGGAGGCGCGUUUGUGCCUUUGGAUCCAGCUCAUCCUUCAGCUCGUCUUCGCGAAAUCAUCGGCCAGGUCGAUGCCCCGGUGGUUUUGACCACGGCGAGAUACGAGAGUCUCUUUGCCGAAUUCUCCGUCAAGUCACUCACCGUCAACGCCGAUUCGAUUGCCCAACAGGCCGCCCGUGAACAGACAUCUACCCCACCCAGUAGUGCAACGCCCGAGAACCUCGCAUACGUGAUCUUCACAUCCGGUAGUACUGGAAAGCCCAAAGGCACGAUGAUCCAGCACCAGUCCUUCUGCAGCGGUUCAUUGCAACAGGGCGAGCUGGCGAACAUGGGACCUCAUUCCCGGAUCUUCCAGUUCGCAUCGUACAGCUUCGACGUGAGCAUUCUCGAGAUUCUGACAGGCCUGAUUUUCGGUGCCUGCAUUUGUAUCCCGAAUGAGCAGCUGGGACGUGCAGAUUUCGUCCAGUCCAUGAAUGAUUUCCGCGUUAACUGGGCGUUCUUGACACCUUCCGUCCUGAAGGUCCUCUCCCCUGAUCAACUGCCACGGUUGAAAACGUUGGUCCUGGGAGGUGAAGCCAUGUCCGAGUCGGAUAUGAUGACUUGGGCGGGCAGAGUGCAGUUGAUGAACGGGUACGGGCCCAGUGAGUGUUCAGUGGCUGCGACGGCCAACACGAAGCUUGACCCGCACUCGAGCCCGCGGAAUAUAGGCAGGGCGAUUGGCGGUGUCUGCUGGGUCGUCGAUCCGGAAAACCACAAUGUGCUCUUGCCAGUUGGCGCGGCGGGCGAACUCAUCAUUCAGGGACCCAUCGUGUCCCGUGGGUACUUGAAAGAUCCCGUCAAGACUUCGGCAGCUUUCUUCGACAGUCCAACUUGGAUGACUCCCGGUACUGCGCCAAUUUGGAAUCGCUUCUACAAGACGGGUGAUCUGGUGCGCUACGAUGCGGAAGGGAUGAUCCACUUCAUUGGGCGGAAGGACCACCAAGUCAAGCUCCACGGGCAGCGGAUGGAGUUGGGAGAGGUCGAGCACCAUCUCUGGACGGACAGUCUGAUUCGGAAUGGCAUGGCUCUUGUGCCGUACACUGGUCUCUGCAAGUCCCGUCUGGUUGGUGUGAUUUCCCUACACAAGCAAUUCUCACCCUCCCCGGUCGACAACGAGUCAAGCCUUCGACUGGUCGACCACGGAGAGACUUCGGCAGAGACGCGCACUUUUGCAGAGCGGCUGUCGAGUAUGCUCCCUACUUACAUGGUCCCCACGGUCUGGAUCGUCCUGGAAAACCUUCCCCUGAUGUCAUCCGGCAAGAUGGAUCGCAAGAAGGUCUCGGACUUCGUGGCUAAUAUCAGCGAGGAGGCAUUCAAGCACAUCAUGGGCAGUUCCGACAAGAGGGACGACGAAGAGCCUAUAACCAAGUUGGAAGCCCUCGUGCGGAAGGUUUGGGCAAAGACCCUCGAUAUCCCCGAGGAGCAGGUUGGCAGACACAACAACUUCCUCUCCGUCGGCGGCGACUCCAUCAAGGCAAUGGCUACCAUGUCGGAGCUCCGCAAGCUCGGCGUCACGGUCACGGUCGUGGACCUGUUGCGGUAUAAGCUGAGUGAGAUUGCUGCGAGGGUGGAGGAAUCGGGGGUUUUGGACUCGUCUAUCUUGGAUAGCGAGGCCGGCAGCAAAAGCCUCCCAGUGUCCCAUCUGCAACGGACACUCCUGGAAGCAUCUCGACUGGGCAACGCUAGUAUCCAUCAUAACAUCCUCCUCGAGCUCAGGCAGAAGAUCCGCAUUCAAAAGCUUCACGAGUCCUUGGACACGAUUGCGUCCUCGUACCCGGCACUCAACCUCAAAUUCCAGGAGCAGGACGGCGCAUGGUCGCAGGUUUUCAAGGCUCAUGAUGAGUUUGAAAGUCCCGCUUACCACUUGAACCUCAACCAUGUCUCCAGCUUGGAGGAAGUACACGAUAUUGUCCAGUACCGCCAAGCUUCGCUGUCUGAACUCGGGAACCCGAACUUGAUGCUUGAUCUGUUCACUGUCCGUGGCGCCCAGUACAUCUCCAUCGUUGCGCAUGCGGCUGCCCUUGAUCGCCACUCCCUAGACACCAUCAUUGGACAUCUAGACUAUCUCUUGCAGUCCGAGAAAGACAAACAGGUCUGGGAGAGCCAGCUUCUAUCUCCUGAUGAAUUUUCCGACGCCUGGCUUAGCCACCUGAAAAGUGAGGGCACCGCACGUUCAAGCAUCAAGUCUGUUACAAACGGCACCUCUUUCCAGAAGCAGGAUUAUGCGACGGAGGUUCUCGACCUCGAUGUCGAGACUAGCAACCAACUCACUGGACCAUGUAACCUGACCUUUGACACAAACGCGGCGGAACUUCUUCUCGCGGCGCUGCUUGUGUCCUACAACCAGACGCUCAAGGCCCACAGCCGACCAUCAAUGGCCGUCAUUGAGAGAUCAACCCGUCAGUCUGCCUCCGGCAAGCUUGGCGAUCAUGUUGGACAGUUCUCGACUCUACAACCUGUGCAGGUUACUUUGCAAGAUGAAAGCCAGAUCACUCUCCAAACGAUCCGCGAGACAAAGGACAGUGUCCGGCAGAACAGAGAUAUAGAAACGUCCCACUCUGCGGAUAUCGCAUUCAGUUAUGGGAUGUCCAGGCAGCCCAUCGAAGGCGCUGUAUUGAGGCAUACAAAGCCAAUCUCACCAUCCAGUUCAAGCGCAAUCAUCGCGACCACCAUCCAGGUCUCUGCUAGCAUUGAGCAGGGCCACCUGAAGCUCACCGUGGGCUCCGACAAUAUCAGCUCAUUGUCGCUGUCGCUGCUCGUCGACCAGUACAAGCAGAACAUCGCUCAGACGGUUCAUCUACUGGCUAGUGGUACGACAAGAGAGUUCACCCUGACAGACUUCCCGCUUCUCGACCUGGAUUACCCAUCCCUGGACAGAGUCAAUCGCCAGCAGAUCCCACGACUUGGUCUCAAGACCCACCAGGUCGAGGAGAUGUACCCCUGCUCCCCACUGCAGCAGGGUCUGCUUAUGAGCCAGGCGCGCAAGCAGGGCAGUUACAACGUCUCCAUUGCGUGGGAGGUCACUUCUACUCUUAGCGCGGACUCGGUCGACAUCGGAAAGCUGAUUUCUUCCUGGCAAAAAGUGGUUGAUUUCCAUCCGGCACUCAGAACAAUCUUUACCGAUGAUUUUGGUGGCAAGGAGCCUUACGUUCAGAUUGUGCUCAGAAGGCCUCGAGCGGAGAUUUCGGUCACGCCGUCUGCGGACGCUGAUGUCAAGUCUGUGCUGGAAGAGACCAUCGAUCUAGGCGUUAAUCCUCUUGUCCCUCCGCAUCGCUUCUCGAUUAACGUUACAGCGGAAGGAAGAGUGUUCUGCCGAGUCGACGCCAGUCACACCAUUGUUGACGGCGUGUCUAAGGCGUUGAUCAUGAGGGAUCUAAAGCGAGCCUACACAGGAGCACUGGACAUCCGCACUGGAGGCGUCAAGUAUAGCGAGUUUGUCAAGUACGUCGCUGCCAAUGACAUGUCUGCCAGUGUCGAGUUCUGGAAGAACCACCUUGCAGAAGUCGAGCCAUGCUACUUCCCCACGUUGGGGGACACCGACGCCACCCCGGAGCUCAAGUACGCGCAGGUAGCCGUGGAAACCACCGUCGAUGCUCUGCGCGAGUUCUGCAUUGCGCACAGUGUCACGCUUUCCAAUCUUCUGCAGACCGUGUGGGCUCUCGUCUGCCGAUGCUACGUUGGCAGAGACGAUGUCUGCUUCGGGUACCUUGCCUCUGGCCGAGAUGCCCCCAUCGAAGGUGUGGUUGAUAUGGUUGGUCCCACGAUCAGUGUGUUGAUCUGUCGGGCAUUCCUCGAAGACUCCACUAUUGUCAAGGACGCUUUGAAGAAAUGUCAGGCCGAGUUCCUGGAUACCCUGUCGCAUCAACACUGCUCACUUGCGGAGAUCCAGCACGCGCUGGGUCUGGCAGGCAUGCCGCUGUUCAACACUGGUAUCUCUUUCCAAACCAUGUCCGCCGUUGACACUGACAGUACCACCGCCGACAUCGAAUUUGACGGUCUGGCCGUGCGGGAGCCAACCGAGUACAACAUCACGGUCCACGUCACCGAUUCUCCAGACAAAGUGGACGUCAAGCUCGGUUACUGGACCGAUUGCAUUUCCGAGCCCCAAGCACAGUCCGUGGCAGGAACCUUCUCAGCCGUGCUUAAGUCUGUGUUGGCGAACCCCGAUGCUCGCGUUGACCAGCUCAGCAUCAUCGGGCAGUACGAUCUAUCGCAGAUCGUUUCCUGGAACCAGGACGUCCCAGAGACCUCCCAGUCUACCGUCCCAGAUCUUGUGCUGCAGCAAAUCGCGCUGACUCCGAAUGCCAUUGCUAUCGACGCGAUCACUGAAAAGGUCACCUACCAAGAGUUCGGGCACAUGUGGUCUGUCUUAUCUCAGCAUCUGGUGCAACUUGGCGUUGCUCCCGGGGAUUUCAUCCCCUUGACCUUCGAGAAGUCGCCCUGGGCGAUGGUUGCCAUGCUUGCUGUUCUUGCUGCCGGUGCUGCAUUCGUGCCUCUCGAUCCCAAGACCCCUGUGGAGCGCCUUCGUGAAGCUGCUCACCAAACUGAGGCCAAGGUUGUCUUGGCGUCUCCCAAGUAUGUUUCCAACUGGGAGGGGCUGGUCCCCACGAUUGUCGGUGUUGACAGACAAAUCCUUGAGGCUCUGGACAGCGAGAACGGACCCAGCCCAGCCGCAGUGCGGGCUCGUCCCGAUCACAACGCCUACGUUAUCUUCACGUCCGGCAGCACGGGCAAGCCUAAGGGAUGUGUCGUGCAACACUCCGCGUUCUGCUCCGGGGCCUUAGCUCAAGGCAAGCUCGCCCGUCUCGGUCCCUCUUCCCGGGUUCUUCAAUUCGCGUCCUACAGCUUCGACGUCAGUCUCCUUGAGAUCAUGACCUCUCUGAUGUUCGGUGCUUGUAUCUGCGUCCCGGAUGAAGAUCUCGGCAAGGACAUCAAGCGCUGCAUCAACGAGCUGGCCAUCAACUGGACAUUCCUGACCCCGUCAGUCCUCAAGCUUCUGCAGCCAGAAGACGUGCCCCUUUUGAAGACCCUCGUCCUUGGUGGAGAGGCCCUUUCACGAGGCGACAUCCUCACCUGGGCCGACAGGGUCCAGCUGUACAAUGGAUACGGACCCAGUGAAUGCUCUGUCGCCGCUGCCGCCAAUCCGGGCCUACAGACUACCACUGACCCGGCCAAUAUCGGUCGCGCUGUCGGUGGUGUGCUCUGGGUCGUGGACGCGAAGCAGCCAUCGAAGCUACUUCCCAUUGGGGCCGUCGGAGAGCUUCUGAUCUCGGGCCCUAUUCUGGCAAGAGGAUACCUGGGUGAUACCGAGAAGACAGCCGCUGCGUUUGUUGAGCAGCCAAGCUUCAUUCCAGGGUCUGAGGAGCAGGUCCGGUUCUACCGCACUGGUGAUCUCGUGCGGUACAACGCCGAUGGCACGAUCCACUUCAUCGGUCGUGCUGAUGGACAGAUCAAGAUCCGUGGUCAGCGUGUCGAGCUGGGUGAGAUCGAGUACAACAUUGAGCGUGACGAGAACAUCCACCACGCUCUCACUUUGCUUCCGUCCCAGGGCCCCUUCAAGAAGCAGCUCCUGGCUGUUGUGUCUUUCAAGGGCUUCAACCUCCCUGCCCUCGACGGAGAGCUCUCCCUCGUGCCAGACGACCGCAGAUCCGAUAUCAUGGCCGUCGUUACCAGCAUCGCCAACACCAUCUCUGCGGCCCUCCCCGUCUACAUGGUUCCUGCACUGUGGGUUCCAGUGAACGGAAUCCCUCUGCUGCCUUCAGGCAAACUUGACCGCAAGAAGGUGCGCCGCUGGGUUGAGUCCUUGGACGACGCCACGUACGAGCAGAUCGCCAACCUCGGAUCCCAAGCCAGCGGCCGGGGUCCUAGUACCCCAACAGAGCAUACCCUCCGACGCAUCUGGGCGUCCAUCCUGAACCGCCCGGAGGAGCAAAUCGAUAUGGAGCGGACGUUCCAGAGCCUGGGCGGCGACUCCAUCUCCGCCAUGCAGGUCAUCGCCCAAUGCCGCGACGCGAAGCUCUCCCUCUCUGUCAGAGACCUCAUUCAAUCCCCCACCAUCGCCCAACUCGCCCCUAAGGUGCGACCCCUGGACGACGGGGCCGAGACAGUAGAAGAUGACAUCGGAGUCCCGUUCAACCUAUCCGCCCAGCAGACCUGGGAGUUCGACUUGAAGCAGACCUGUGAUCUCAACCGCUACAACACCACCUUCCUCCUAUCCGUCCACAGCGACUCUGACCUGGCCCCGGUCGUCGACGCGACCGUCCAGCGCCACCCCAUGCUCCGUGCUCGAUUCCAACGCGAGCCCUCCGGUCGCUGGAUGCAGUACAUCCCCAUCGACCGAUCGAACAGCCACUGGUACGAGGAACUGGACGUCACCGACGUCGAUGCCAUCAAGCCCUACACUGCACCCAACCAAUCCGGCUUCGACCUCGAACGCGGUCCCCUGCUGCGCGCCAUGGUCUUCACCCUCCCCAACGGCGACCGCUAUCUCGGGCUGACGGUCCACCACAUGAUCAUCGACACCGUUUCGUGGCGCAUCCUCCUGCAAGACCUGCAACAGGGCCUAGCGACGGGGGAAAUCACCUCGCACCGCUCCGACUCGUUCGCGCGCUGGUGCCGCACCAUCAAACAACACGCCGAAGAGAAAUGGACCCCUGAAUUCGUCCUCCCCUUCUCCAUCCCCGCCCCCAGGUACGAUUACUGGCAGAUGGAAGAGUCCAUGAACCUGUUCAUCACGGAAACCAUCCAGGAGUUCGUCCUCGACAAACAGACCACCGCCCGGUUGAUGGGCAAAUGCAACCACCAGUUCGAGACUAAGCCGCUGGACAUCUUCCUGUCAGCUAUAUUCCAUGCUUUCAGCGCUACCUUCACUGAUCGCCCGGUCCCUGCGGUGUUCAUCUACAGCCACGGCCGUGACGAGUUCGGUGGUGAUCUCGACGUGUCCAACACGAUCGGGUGGUUCACUUCCUCUACACCGGUGGUCAUCAACCCCUCCGCUGAUAUCGUGGAUGAUCUUCAGGCUGUCCGCGAUGUGCGCGCCAGCGUACCCGGAAAUGGAGUGCCGUACUGGGCGAACCGCUGGCUGACAGAUGAGGGAAACGCCGCGUUCGAGCACCACAGUCCGUUUGAGAUGUCGAUGAACUAUCUCGGACAGUAUCAGCAGUUGGAACGCGAUGACUCCGUCCUCAGAUAUGUCGACGUGGAGAAGCCGAAGGCGACGGGCUCGGGGUCUCUUCUCAGAAGGACUGCGCUGGUCGAGACUCAGGCGAUCGUUGUCGGGGAUGAGUUGCAGAUUAAGUUCGUUUAUAAUACCCGGAUGGCGAGGCAGGCGCAGUUGCUUGAGUGGCAGGGCAAGGUGAAGGAGGCGUUGUUGGAGAUUGCGGAUCGGCUGGGGUGAGCGUGCGUGACGAUAUCUGUUUUGAUGUAGUGGUUUCCUG